AUGCUCACGACUGCGAGUGCGGAGAGGCUGGAGGCUUUCGACGCAGCGCAGCUCAAGAUCAUGCGCAUGGCGGGUACGUCCGUGCCGCCGGACGUUCUUCAGCAGAUACGCGACAAGGAGACCGGAUCGGAGAUGUGGGCGGAGCUCUGCAACCUGUACGAGGGCAAGCAGAAUGAAGCCAUCAAGGCCUACACGAUUCGAGCAACAGAGCCCGAGCUAACAGUAAGAUCGGCCAAGAUCUCGCGGCCGCCCAUUCGCGGAAAAACGGCCCAAUCCGCGCGCGCCGUCCCUUCAGUUCAAGCGCGCGGCCGCCCAACCGCCGAGCCACGCACUAUUGAAUCCGCCAAGUGCCACGCAAGCGCCGCCGAUCCAAGAGCAAGCCCCAACAGCCCAAGAGCCCCUAGCGACUACAAACACAUUAGAUCCACCAUGUCCGAGUUCAAAAUGACCAUCUGCUGCAUGGGCGCCGGCUACGUGGGCGGCCCCACCAUGGCCGUGAUCGCUGCCAACUGCCCGGACGUCAAGGUCGUGGUCGUGGACGUGUCCGAGAAGCAGAUCGCCAAGUGGAACGCGCCCGACGAGAUCCCCAUCUACGAGCCGGGCCUCAAGGAGCUCGUGGACGCGCGCCGCAACAAGAACCUCUUCUUCUCCACGGACCUGGACAAGUACAUCAACGAGGCCGACAUCAUCUUCGUGUGCGUCAACACGCCCACCAAGACGAGCGGCAUCGGCGCCGGCAGCGCCGCCGACACCAAGAACUGCGAGGCCUGCGCGCGCAGGAUCGCGGACGUGGCCACGGAGGGCAAGAUCGUCGUCGAGAAGUCUACGGUGCCCGUGCGCACGUCCGAGAGCAUCAAGGCCGUGCUGCGCGCCAACUCCAAGGGCCUCAAGUUCGAGGUGCUGUCCAACCCCGAGUUCCUGGCCGAGGGCACGGCCAUCGACGACCUGCAGAAGCCCAGCCGCAUCCUCAUCGGUGGCGCCGAGACGGCCGAGGGCCACGCCGCCGUCGAGAAGCUCGUGAGCGUCUACGCGCACUGGGUGCCGCGCGAGCGCAUCAUCACGACCAACGUCUGGUCCUCGGAGCUGUCCAAGCUCGUGGCCAACGCCUUCCUGGCGCAGCGCAUUUCGAGCAUCAACUCGAUCUCCGCCGUGUGCGAGGCCACGGGCGCCAACGUGCACGAAGUGGCCCGUGCCGUGGGCGCCGAUGACCGCAUCGGCGCCAAGUUCCUCAACUGCUCCGUGGGCUUCGGCGGCUCGUGCUUCCAGAAGGACAUCCUGAACCUCGUGUACCUGGCCGAGAGCUUCCACCUGCCCGAGGUGGCCGACUACUGGCGCCACGUCGUGACCAUGAACGAGUACCAGAAGACGCGCUUCGCCACGACCAUGAUCCGCCGCAUGUUCAACACGGUGACCAACAAGAAGAUCUGCAUCUUCGGCUUCGCCUUCAAGAAGGACACGGGCGACGUGCGCGAGACCCCCGCGGCCACGAUCGUCAAGUACCUGCUGGAGGAGAAGGCCAACGUGGCCGUGUACGACCCGCAGGUCAUGCUCGAGGACAUGAUGCACGAGCUCGAGUACCAGGGCGUGAACCCCACCAACCACCCGCAGAUGGAGAAGCUGCUCACAGUGUAUAACGACCCGUACGAGGCCGCCAAGGACUCGCACGCCAUCGCCGCGCUCACCGAGUGGGACGAGUUCAAGACGCUCGACUACGCCAAGAUCUACGCCAACAUGACCAAGCCCGCCUUCUUCUUCGACGGCCGCAACAUCCUGCCGCACGACAAGAUCGCCGAGCUCGGCGCCAAGGUGUACGUCAUCGGCCGCGCCGACGUCAUCUCGGGCGAGCUGCCCUUCUAG